GGUGAAGAGAUCAGGCUGGUCAAUGGCACUAGUCGCUGCUCGGGACAGUAGAGAUUCUUUACAAGGGCCAAUGAGGUGUUUGGCCAGCUGGGCUGUGGGAGGGCUGUGAGUGCCCAAGGUACUGCCCACGUAGGUCAGGGUAGUGGUGGCAGACCUACUUGGCUGGAUGAUGUUGGGUGUGACGGCAGUGAGAGCUCCCUGACAGAAUGCUCACAUGGAGGAUUGAAACACCAUGACGGUUUACAAGUUCAAGAUGCCAGUGUUGUCUGCUCAGGUAAGAACAGUCCCUCUGUGUUGCUAUUGUGGUUGAUAGAAAUCGAAAUACCUUGAUUAUACUUGUGUCAACUUGGCAUUGAUUUUGUUGAAUAUGAUACUGAAAGGCUUCUAUUUCCUCAAUUUUCUUCUUUCAUUCCUAGUCAAACCUAACAUCAGACUGGUCAAUGGGAGUGACCUCUGCUCUGGGAGGGUGGAGGUCUAUCAAAUUGGUCAGUGGCUAACCGUGUGUGAUGACGUGUGGGACUUGAAUGACGCUGCUGUGGUGUGUAGACAACUGGGCUGUGGGAGAGCUGAUAGUGCCCCAGAGACGGCCUACUUUGGUCAGGGCAGUGGGCCCAUCUGGCAGGAUGAUGUUGGCUGCUCUGGCAGUGAGUGCUCCAUCACACAGUGCCCACACACAGGAGGAGGAACACAUGAAUGUAAUCAUGGUAACGACGCAGGUGUUAUUUGUUCAGGUAAGGGAGUCUCUUUGCCUUGUCAAGACUAGAGUUUUAUCAGGGUUUGGUUUGAAUUGUGCAAAAAGGUCUCGUCAUAGCCAGACAGUCUGCACUUUAACCUCAUAUUCAUUGUAUCAUCUGAAAUCCAAAGUGCUGGAGUACAGAGCCAAAACAACAACACAAUUGUCACUGUCCCAAUACUUUUGGAGCUCACUGUAUUUUAUGAUUCAGAGCCUUGAUAGAGACGGGAGGCUGACUACCUUGUCCAUUGCACACACAUUUCUCAGUUACAAGGUGUAAAUAUGGAAUGACAUUACUGUCAAAUUGCUGUUUACUUUCUUUCCAGUGGUCCUGCUACAGCCCAACAUCUCUCUCAGUCCUCCAAAUGAAGGGAUGUUUUGGGAACCUCAGGGGCCAGAGGUGAUCAGGGGCCACAGCUUCACCAUCACCUGCUCCAUUCAGCCACAGUAUCCUAGAGGCCUCUUCUAUCUGGACUUCUCUGGGUCCAACAGAACUGAGACUACGCCUGCAGUCAACCACUCUGCCUCCUUCCACUUCCCUGUUGCAGAGUAUAAAGACCAGGGGAAAUACAGCUGCAGCUAUGGAGUCAACGUCUCCACCCGGUCAUUCAGGUCGGCUAAUAAUGAACUAGCUGUCACCAUUAGAAGUAAAAUAACACAUGCUUUAAAAAACAAACAUAUUUAGUAUUGUAAAAUGAUUUAUAAUCCUUCAUGUCACCGUUUAUUUUUUAUUUUUUAUAUUAUAUGAAUUUGCCAUCUACAAGUCUUGAUCUGUAGGUCUCAUCCUUGAAAUACCUACCUUUUCCUCAGCGUCCAUAGUCCCCAUCAUUGUUUCUGGAGGGACUGGUGGGGUAGCACUGCUGUUUCUGCUUCUGCUUGUCAUCUGUCUAGUCAGCUGGAGGACAAGGAGGAACAGAAAGCCAUCUACAGAGACUGACCAGAGAGAAUGUAAGUGAUAUCACUAUACUGUAAACUCAAAUCCUGAAUCUGAACUUGAUUUACACCUUGAGUUUGAAAAGUUAAGCUAAGCAGCAUCUCAAAUUCGGGCCAAAGACUUUUGUUGAUAUCAUUUUGUUUGUAAGGCUUUUUUAUUCCCAAGAGUUUGUUGCGAAUAUUCAAGAGCAAGCUGUUAUGCAAAAGGUAUUGACAACAGACACAACAGAGGGGAGGAAAACGAAGAGGAAGAGGAAGAAGAAGAGGACUAUGUAAAUGUUGAAAAUGUAUUUUAUGAGAGAGGUCUAGAGAGAGUGACGGGUGAAAAGAAGAAUGGGAAGGGAAAAGGUCACAGCUAUGGGAAAUCAGAGGAUGUCUAUGACAACGAGGAGGGAAACAUUCAAAGAAAG